GGUAGCGGCGCCCGGUAACAUAUACCGGAAGUUAAGCUAUCCCAAAAUCCCCGGUUCCGUUAUGGUUAUUUAUUGCUGAAUCACUCGUGAAUUCUCGGACAAUUAAAAAGCUAUAAUGGAUCGAUUACUUCGGCUUGGAGGUGGAGUGCCGUCUCUUGGACAGGGUGCACCCCCAACAGAUGCCCCAACUGUCGACACGGCUGAACAAGUUUACAUCUCUUCUCUUGCUCUUCUGAAGAUGUUAAAACAUGGCCGUGCUGGUGUCCCCAUGGAAGUCAUGGGUCUUAUGCUUGGAGAAUUUGUUGAUGAUUAUACUGUACGAGUUAUUGAUGUAUUUGCCAUGCCACAGUCUGGAACGGGUGUAAGUGUGGAAGCUGUUGAUCCUGUUUUCCAAGCCAAGAUGUUAGAUAUGCUUAAACAGACUGGCAGGCCAGAAAUGGUAGUUGGUUGGUACCAUUCCCAUCCAGGUUUUGGUUGUUGGUUGUCUGGUGUAGAUAUCAACACCCAACAGAGUUUUGAAGCCUUAUCUGAAAGGGCCGUUGCUGUUGUUGUAGAUCCCAUCCAGAGUGUGAAAGGAAAAGUCGUUAUCGAUGCCUUCCGCCUGAUCAAUCCAAAUAUGAUGGUUCUUGGACAGGAGCCAAGACAGACAACCUCCAAUUUAGGACAUCUUCAUAAACCCUCAAUCCAAGCAUUAAUCCAUGGUCUCAACCGACACUAUUAUUCCAUUGCUAUCAACUACCGUAAAAAUGAACUAGAACAAAAGAUGUUACUGAACCUUCACAAGAAGAGCUGGGUGGAUGGUUUGACAUUACAAGACUACACCAGUCAUUGCAAACUCAAUGAGCAAAUUGUCAAAGAGAUGCUGGAACUGGCCAAGAACUACCACAAGGCCCUUGAGGAAGAAGAAACAAUGACUUCAGAACAGUUGGCUAUCAAAAAUGUGGGCAAACAGGACCCCAAGCGCCAUCUAGAAGAACAUGUAGAUGUCCUUAUGACCAAAAAUAUUGUCCAGUGCCUAGGUGCCAUGCUUCAUACUGUUGUCUUUAAGUAAUCAAUGCAUUUUUUUUUUUUUGGAUUAUUUUUAUCUUGUCUUUUUUUUUUUCAAUGUUUUGGCCACUUCCCCAUUGUUUUUAACCCUUAAACAAUAAAUAAUAAUAAUAAUAAUAAUAA